CGUCUCCUGGAGGACUCAACCCUCCUGAGCAACCCUGCCCAUGAAAGUCCCCAUGGGGCCCAGGAGAUGCCAAGAUAUUGUCAGGGAGAUGGAGAAACCACUACUUCACCUUCCACAGGGGGCAGACCUCACCCACUGCCCAGCAAUCCCCUGAGGCAAGAGCGGGGCCUGAGGCAAGUCCAGCUCACACCCUGGCCGGGGGCAGGGAUGGGGCAGGUGGGGAAGGCUCCUGCUUGAGCAAUUGCAUCAGGCCCAGGCUGAGCAUAAAGGAGGGUCCUGUGGGCUGGGACGAGGCAGACUCGGGGACCAUGGAAACCCAGAGGGCCAGCCUCUCCCUGCGCCGCUGGUCACUGUGGCUACUGCUGCUGGGACUAGCGGUGCCUUGGGCCAGUGCCCAGGCCCUGAGCUAUAGGGAGGCGGUGCUUCGAGCUGUGGAUCGCCUCAAUGAGCAGUCCUCAGACCCCAAUCUCUACCGCCUCCUGGAGCUGGACCUGCCGCCCAAGGCUGACCAGGACCCAGAUGCCCCAAAGCCUGUGAGCUUCACGGUGAAGGAGACCGUGUGUCCCAGGAGGACACAGCAGCCACCUGAGCAGUGUGCCUUCAAGAAGAAUGGGCUGGUGAAACAGUGUGUGGGGACAGUCACUCUGGACCAGUCCAAGGACCAACAGGACAUCACCUGUGAUAAGGCCCGGAGAUCUCGCCCGCUACCCUUUCUAUCGCCGAGGAUACCACGGCAGAGUUUCCCUCCGCCAAAUUUCCCUCCGCCAAAUUUCCCUCCUCCUGAGUUUCCUCCACCAAAUUUCCCUCCGCCAAAUUUCCCUCCUCCUCGGUUUCCUCCGCCAAAUUUCCCUCCGCCAAAUUUCCCUCCUCCUGAGUUUCCUCUGCAAAAUUUCCCCCCACCCAUCUAAUUACCCCUGCCAAAUUUGCAUUCCCAUCCAGCCCUCCAAGAUUUGCUACAAGAAGGUGAAAGAUUUACAGAUAACUCGUGUAUAAGGGCAUUUAGCGAAUCAGAAGCCCGGGGAGACUCCUAAGGGUCUGCUUU